CACACCCGGAGCGCGCGGGGAAGGCGGCGGCCGAGGGUGCGGGGCGAUGGACGACAUCUUCACGCAGUGCCGCGAGGGCAACGCGGUGGCCGUGCGUCUCUGGCUGGACAACACCGAGAACGACCUCAACCAGGGGGACGACCAUGGCUUCAGCCCCCUGCACUGGGCUUGCCGCGAAGGGCGCUCCAGCGUGGUGGACAUGCUGGUCAUGCGCGGCGCCCGCAUCAAUGUCAUGAACCGGGGAGACGACACCCCCUUGCACCUGGCAGCCAGCCACGGGCACCGUGACAUCGUCCAGAAGCUGAUCCAGUUCAAGGCAGACAUCAAUGCCGCCAACGAGCAUGGCAACACCCCUCUCCAUUACGCCUGUUUCUGGGCCCAAGAGCAGGUGGCAGAGGGUGUCUCUUUCCCUCCCUGUUGCUGCCAGGACCUGGUGGCCAGUGGGGCGCUAGUCAGCAUCUGCAACAAAUACGGAGAGACACCUCUGGACAAGGCAAAAGAACCCCUGCGGGAUACACUGAGAGAGCGUGCAGAGAAGUCCGGUCAAAACCUGACCCGCCUCCCCUACAAAGACACGUUUUGGAAAGGCACCACACGGACUCGACCACGUAAUGGGACCAUGAACAAGCUGGCAGGGAUUGACUUCCGGCAGCUAAGCCUGGCACACAAACUCAACGAGAACCAGUCCGGAGAGCUCUGGAAGGGCCGCUGGCAGGGGAAUGACAUUGUCAUCAAGGUCCUCAAGAUCCGCGACUGGACAACCCGGAAGAGCCGGGACUUCAACGAGGAGUACCCCAAGCUCAGGAUUUUCUCACACCCCAACGUGCUGCCGGUGCUGGGUGCCUGCCAAUCGCCCCCCGCUCCGCACCCCAUCAUCAUCACCCACUGGAUGCCCUACGGCUCCCUUUACAACGUGCUGCACGAAGGCACUAAUUUCGUGGUGGACCAAACACAGGCAGUGAAAUUUGCUCUGGAUGUCUCGCGGGGAAUGGCCUUCCUGCACACCUUGGAACCUCUCCUCCCUCGCCACUAUCUCAACAGCCGUGGCAUCAUGAUAGACGAGGACAUGACGGCCAGGAUUGGCAUGGGGGAUGUGAAGUUUUCCUUCCAGUGCCCGGGCAGGAUGUAUGCCCCAGCUUGGGUGGCACCGGAAGCUCUACAGAAGAAGGCCGAGGAGAUUAACCGGCGUUCGGCAGACAUGUGGAGUUUUGCGGUGCUCUUGUGGGAACUGGUGACCCGGGAAGUGCCAUUCGCCGAUCUCUCCAACAUGGAGAUUGGCAUGAAGGUUGCCUUGGAGGGGCUGCGACCCACCAUCCCCCCUGGCAUCUCCCCUCAUAUUUGCAAGCUGAUGAAGAUCUGCAUGAACGAAGACCCUGCCAAGCGUCCCAAAUUUGACAUGAUUGUCCCUAUUCUUGAAAAGAUGCAAGAGAAGUGAGGGGCCCGUCCGGCAGCCACUGACAGGCCCUAAGUGCCUUCAGGAAGAAUCAAGGGCCGGAGCGAGGGCUCCCUGCGCACGGUACGGAUUGAGGGAGCCGCCUGCCAAGGGCAGGCUCCAGAAGGGGGCUGCUCAGCCUUGCACUCUCCCUGCUGCCUUCACGCCCCGUAUCUCCGGCCACCUCUCAUGCCAAGACCACCCUGCACUCCCACCUGGCUGUACUACAGUUUUUAUCUUUUCUACACAGGCCCAGGACAAAGCCCCCUGUGGCCUAAAUAAACAGCUGUCACUGAA